GUGUGUUUCGCCGCAAAACCAUAGACUCUCUCUCCUCUUUCUCUCUCUAAAAUCUUCGAAUGGUAUCCAAAAACCCGAACCCGCCCGAGGGCUUCUACUUGGAUCCGAGUGGCAUGGCUCUACCGGGGCUCGCCCCCUUCGCCUCCGUGUCCGCCGCCGCUGCCACGGCGGUUUCCGCCACGAACUCGUUGGAGGACGCCGCCAAGAAGAUCCGCAAGCCCUACACUAUCACCAAGUCAAGGGAGAACUGGACCGAACCCGAACACGACAAGUUCCUCGAAGCCCUUCAACUGUUUGACCGUGACUGGAAAAAGAUUGAAGCAUUUGUUGGGUCAAAGACUGUUAUACAGAUACGUAGCCAUGCACAGAAAUACUUUCUAAAAGUUCAGAAGAGUGGGGCAAGUGAACAUCUUCCUCCACCCAGGCCUAAAAGAAAAGCUGCCCAUCCAUAUCCUCAGAAAGCUUCCAAAAAUGCUCCUGUACUCUCACAAGUAUCAGGAUCUUUUCAAUCUUCAUCUGCUUUGCAUGAACCUGGAUAUAUCGUGAAGCAUGAUUCCUCACCAAUGCUUAAAACUCCUAUAAUGAACACUGUGGUGUCUUCCUGGUCAAACAACACCAUGCAAACAACCAAUUUAUUGCAUGUGCCAAAAGUGAAAAAUUCUUGCAGUAGCAAGGAAAGCACACCUAGAGUGCCGCCAGUUGGUGAAUCUAAUGGUCAAGGGAAUAAUAGCAAGCCACUGAGAGUUCUUCCGGAUUUUAAUCAGGUAUAUAGCUUCAUUGGCAGUGUAUUUGAUCCAAAUGCAACUGAACAUCUGCAGAAACUAAAAAAGAUGGACCGUAUAGAUGUUGAGACGGUGUUACUGUUGAUGAGAAACCUGUCUGUCAAUUUAACUAGCCCAGAUUUUGAGGAUCAUAGAAAGUUGCUUUCAUCAUAUGAGGUUGAAGAGGACACAGAUAACUACAUCAAUGCAGAUAGACCCAUGCACGAUGAGGAGUUGAAGAGUGCUACUUAAUUAGAUGGGGUGGAAGCAGAAAUGGACUCAUACUUCAGCUACUGAAUACAGUCAUGGUUUCAUUAUUUUGCAUGAGGAAAGAUGCGUUGGGAAGGCAACAAGCUGAGAGGUUCCAGUCACAGCCAAAUGCUGCUCUAGUUUGUUAUUAUUGUCGCUUGUCAUCUCAACUGAGCAAGGCAUUUAUUCUCAUCAAUCAUUUUGAUGUCAUGUAUAUAUGAAUCAACCUAUUAUAAAAGAAAAUGUGAGAGUAUAUAGUUUUUCAUAGUUUUGUUAGGUCACCACAGCACCUAAGAUUUGUGUAUUAUAUUUAAGCAAACAUCAAAUAUCUGUAAACAAGAAUAUUUUAUUCCUGUAGUCCGUAGACAAUUAAUUAAAUCUAUCCAGUGUUAUAAUUUUAAG